AUGUCCUCGACGGUGCCUCCCUCCUCCGGAACAUUCCCCUCGUUUAGCACGGUCAAUUUCUACGCUGGCUCAAAACUGAACCGACUUUCAUGGCUACGAACUUCAGCUUGGUUCCUCAACUCUACCAUUGCUUCUCCCUCAACCCGAUUUGUUGUGUUGAAGAACAACAAUCCGCUAUCGCAUGCUUCUGGUCCGGAUGAGGGCAUGCUUGCUACUCUUUCGUGGGAUCAAGUUAAACCGUACAUCCUUGAAAAUGUGAAGCUGUCUGGAGGAGUUGAAACUAGUGCUGAGGAUGUUUUGGUUUUCGGACCCCAGGCUUAUGGUUUGACCAACAGUGGCGGAGAUAAUGCUGAAAAAGAGUUUUCUAGAGCGACGGAUGGAGUGGCACCUUCUCGUCUUGCUCUCGUGUUUUUGGGAAUUGACGAGAGCGGGCUAAAAGAAAUAAGUCUGCCAGGAGAAGUGGCAAAGGAUGCUACUCAAAGUAGCGAUGCAGGAAACGACAAUGCUCCACCGGCUGGAACUGCUUACUUUGCUCUAUCUCUCACCUAUCGACCCUGCUGGCUUUCUAAAAACGAAAUAGCACCCAUGCAGCCGCUUCUCAAGAAGCUCGAAAGCGAUGAGAAAUAUGACUUUAUCGAUCUGCGCGCAUCCUCGCGAGCUGCAACUUGGCCAGCCUCAGAUGCAGCCAUCGUAGCGCAAUCCAAAUCUCUGCUCGACUGGAAUGAACGUCACACUUACUGUCCUGCUUGUUCGCGACAACAAUACUCUCUCUGCGCAGGCUACAAACGUGGUUGCACUUCUUCCCUUUCCAUCUGCAACCGGGUGGAUUUCACCAUUAACCUGCUCGGCGAUACACCCUGCUUGGAUCAAGAGGGCUUAGGCACUUGCCCGAGUACGAAAGUGUUGUCUAACUUCCACUAUCCGCGUACAGACCCAGUUAUAAUCAUGGCCAUCAUCUCUGCCGAUGGAGAAAAAGUGUUGUUGGCCAGACAAAAAAAAUGGCCUUCCGGAUUCUACUCGUGCUUAGCUGGAUUCUGCGAACCAGGGGAAAGCUUUGAAGAGGCUGUGAGGAGAGAAGUGUUGGAGGAAUCAGGAAUUCAAGUGGACCAGGUGAUCUAUCACAGCUCACAACCUUGGCCUUAUCCAACCAACCUAAUGGCAGGAUUCUAUGGCAUUGCAAAAAGCGAUGACGAGAAGAGUAUCAGAUUGGAUCUGGAUAAUGAAUUGCAAGAUGCGAGGUUUUAUACUAGAAAGCAAAUUUUGGAUGUAUUGCAAACUAAACAGAGAAGUCACUUUAGCAAACAGGAAUUGCAAAACAUCGACAAUCAAGACGACCUCACAGCAGAAAAGGACCAGAAGAACAGGCGGGUAAGUAUCAGAUUGCCUCCUCAAACCGCAAUUGCUAGGGUCCUGAUCGAAGCUUGGGCCAACGGUCAGGCUGUUCUACCCGGACAGAUGAAUGCUAGGAUCUGA